AUGAAAUUUACACCUCUUCCAAAUGUUGCAAUAUUGCCGCAGCAAAGUCAUCCUAUCAGAUUGAAAAUUCAGCAGCAAUCAGUUCCUCAAAGAUUUCAGAAGCAGAAGCAAUGUACUCAAUUUAAGAAGUUUUGGGAUGUAUUGAAACAACUUCAUAUCAACAUUCCAUUUGUGGAAGCCCUUGAGCAAAUGCCCAACUAUGUGAAAUUUAAAAAGGCUAUUCUUUCUAAGAGAAGGUUAGGGGAAUUUGAAGUCAUAGCUCCAACUAAAGAGUGCAACUCAUUUUUGCAGGACAAGUUGCCACCUAAGAUGAAAGAUCCAAAGAGUUUCACCAUUCCAUACAAUAUUAAAUAUUCUUAUUGUGGGAUGGCCUUGUGCGAUUUGGGUGCUAGAACAAAAUUGAUGCUAAAGUCAGUUUUCAAGCAAUUGGGGAUUGGUGAAGUCAGACCUACUACAGUUACUCUUCAAUUGGCAGACAAAUCUCUUGCUCAUCCUGAUGGGAAGAUUGAAGAUGUGUUGAUCUGGGUUGAUAAGUUCAUAUUUCCCGUUGAUUUUAUUGUGUUAGAUUAUGAAACAGAUUGA